AUGUCCUUCAGGAAGAGGAGGCGGAAUGGUAAUGAAGAUGAUAGUCACAUUCCUCAGACAAAACGUAGCACCAGGAAUACUGUCCUUCAGGACUCUUGGGACACUGAGUCCAAAUGCGUAACAGAAUGUGCACCACAGCCUGGGGAAAUGAAGGUGGCUGUAACGAAAAACAGUAAGGAACACAGACUAAAAGGAAACAGAGUGUCCUGUGCGUCCUCCAGCAGCGAUAGCGGAAGCAGCAGCAGCAGCAGUUGUAGUAGCAGUAGCAUCAACAGCCCCGACAGAGCAAGCGGUCCCGACAGCAGCUUAAACCCGGUCAUCGCAGGAUCCAGCCCCGUCGCCUCCCAGCCCUUCCACGAGCAGUCUGCACUAAGCCAAGGUCCGUACUUCCACAUCAACCAGAUCCUGAAGGAGGCACAUUUCCACAGCCUACAGAGCCGGGGCCGCCCGCCGACAUGAUGAGCCAGCAGUUCCUUGCCUUCUGUGAAGGGACAGCACUGUGUAGAUUUGAUAUUUCAACUUAAAAGUUUGUUAAAAUGGAAUUGCACAAAACGCCUGUUGCCUUUUCAGUCUAUAUUUGAGAUAACAGGUUAACAGGAAAUUGUUUACUUGUGGUUUGCUGCACUAUUGCAAUGCAAAAGGGGCUUUGAAGCAAUUUUUAUAGGAUUCUUUUUGGGGUGGUUAUAAAGAACGUGUCAAGGUGAGACUGAGGAAUCCACAUCUGUAUUAUAGGAUUGCAUAGUUAGUCCAGUUCCCACUGAUUGCCUAAUCUGUUUGUUAGCAAUUUGUUGCUUUAUGUAAAGUUCUUUCAAACAUU